UUCCGCCCAUGAUAUGACGUUCACAUCAGUUCAGACUCUGUCAACAAGACAACGGAACUUUUGUUUUGUUUCAUUUCUUUUCAUUAGUUUUUCAAAAAAAAAAAAAAAAAAAAAAAUGAAGCCCUUCAUUUUCAUUGCAGUGUGGGUUUUACAGAUUGGUGCAUCAGGUGUUGUUGCAGACAGUGUUUUAGUGUUUGUGAUGGAGGGAGAUUCAGUCACGUUAAACAGUGAUGUUAAAGCAAACCAGCAAGAAAAGAUUAAAUGGUUUUUUAAUGACACUCGGAUUGCUCAAAUCAGUGACCAUCUCAGUAAGACCUGUACAGACGUCCAGUGUAAUGAAGGUACUGAGAUAUUCAAAGAUAGACUGAAGCUGGACAAUCAGACUGGAUCUCUGACCAUCACAAACAUUAACACCACAGACUCUGGAUUUUAUAAACUACAGAUCAUCAGCAGCAACAGCAUGAGUGAAAAGAUCUUUCGAGUCACUGUCCAGGAGAUGGAUAAAAUGAAGACCAAGACAGUGAAUGAGGGAGAAUCUGUCACUUUAGAUCCUGGUGUAAUAAAAAACACAAAUGAUUUGAUGACGUGGUAUUUCACUGACACUCUCAUCGCUGAAAUCGCUAGAGAUCCCAGCAAGAUCUGUACAGAUGAUGAGUUUGAAGAUGCUGAUGGAUUCAGAGGCAGACUGAAGCUGGAUCAUCAGACUGGAUCUCUGACCAUAACAGAAACCAGAACCACAGAUUCUGGACUUUAUCAUCUUGAGAUCAUUGCCAACAGCAGCAGCAUCCGCCGUCAGUACAGCAUCAAAAUUGUCACCGAAAAGAGCCUAAGUGGGACUGGCUCUAGUGGGAUAAUGUUUCUUGUUAUAGCAGGAGUAUGUGUUGGAGUUCUGCUGGUAGUUGCAGUUGUAACAGGACAAUUUCUAGUUGUGUGUUUUCUGUAUGUGCAUGUAUGAUGUUGUUUAAUUCAGUCAUCAUUACAAAAAACACAAAUAAUUGAAUAUGUAUGACACUACUGGCCCUUUUAAAAGUUGUUUAGGGAAGAUUACUGGAUUUUUAACUGCAAAAUUAGAAACUUCUAAAUUAUUUUAUAGAAACAUCCACAUUCUUCCUGAAUAGUUUGGAUUAUUUUAAUCACAAAGGAUUGGGUACUGCAUUCAAACCUAAUGCAUUAUUGUACAGAAGAUGACAGUGUGAUUCAGUUUAUCACAUUCAAUAGACUGAAGUGUCAAUACUGUACUAUAAGUGUGUGUGUGUGUGUGUGUGUGUGUGUGUGUGUGUGUGUGUAACUGAAACAUCAGUCGUGUUCAUUUCUCUUAAAGGGGUUAUCGAAUGCAAACUUCACUUUUUCAUGUUGUUUGAACAUUAAUGUGUGUUGUCAGUGUAUGUACAAAUCUACCCUAUAAUGAUAAAAAUCCAUGCAGUAGUUUUUAAUUAAUCUGUAAAAAUAAUAUCCCCUUUUUCAAAUCAAGCCGUUCUCCCUCUGCCGUCACAUCGACAGAGGCCACUCCCAUGAUAGUUGAUUGACAUGAGCUCUUACCUCAGACCAGCUGUCACAGUCCAGUAACUUUCCAUGUUUCGAUGCCAGAGCAGGGAUGCAAGUUAGACAAGAAUAUCUCCGAUUGAGCGAUUGAGGUGUUGUGUUGCUGGAUGUAAUAAUGAACAUAGUGGUCGUCACUUACUCCUGACAUCUGAGCUGCUAAAGAUGCAGUGGAUUACAUUUGUUUGUGAAUAGAAUGCACCUCCCGAUCUACAUAUAUUCAUUUAUGUUUACACGAAUCAUUCAUGAUCCAGCUUCACUUACAGCAUAAGCAUUUUUUAUGAAUCUUUGCGAUUGACUUUCCUUAUAACGUGGUAGUUAGGAAGUUUAGCGGCUAAACACGGCUAAAUGCGGCUAAAGUAAACAAGACCAUCUUUUCACAGAGAGAAGAGAGGGGCGGGGCGAGCAGAGCUCAUUUGCAUUUAAAGAAAUAACCCCUUAGAAUGAGAUGAUUUUUGCAGGGUUCAUUUUGACAAGGUAAAAAGGGUGUUGUUUUUUAAAACCAUUGAGAAUUUUUAAUCAAAGUAUAUUAGAGACUUUUCAUUAAGAUCCUAAAGAAUCAUAUCAACUUGUGGAAAAUGGCCAUACGAUGACCCCUUUAACUUUUGUGAAUGUUUUGUUAUAUGAUAGUGGUGUAGAGGGUCAGUUCAAGGGCCGUCCUCUAUUCAUCUUAAAAUAUCAAAACAGCUGUCCUGUAAUUGUACAGCAUAACAGUGUCAUUUAUGGUACAAUGUAAAAAUAUUUGUAAUUUUAACUGUAACUCUAUUUUUUUUUUUUUUUUACUGCUGUAAACCUGUUAAGU